AUGGCUUCUAGAGUUGAACAAGAAUUGACACCUCAUGAAUUAUAUCAAUGUUAUAAAAACAUCAAUAAAGUAACUUCAUGUUUCCUUGUUGGUUUAAAAUUGAGUCAAAAGUUAGAUCCAGAAAUCUUUGAAGAUGCAAUUAAAGAACUUUUUCUAUCAAGAAGAAGACUUAAAUUCAGUAUUUAUAUGGAAGAUGAAAACAAACCAAUACUUAUAGAAUUAUCAAACUUCCCAUCAAAUUGUAUUGAAUUUUGGUCAACUGAUGAUGAUCAAGAAACAUUACUUAAUAAGUUCCAUAAUAUUUAUUUUGAAUUUGGUAAACGUCAUGAAUUAAGUUAUAAAUUCAUAAUUGUUAACAAUGAAUGGAUUUAUUUCAUUUGUGAACAUACUUUGUUUGAUGGUUCAUCAGCAGCUUUGAUAUUGGAAGAUAUAUUAAAAAUUUUAAAUACUGAGGAACUCCCACCAGAUCCAAAUCAAUAUGAUGAAUUAGAAUUAAAUCAAAUUUCAAAACCUUCUUAUGGAUUACUUGCUACCAAAACUAUGGAAUCAUGUGCUCCAAAUUGGAUUAAUGAAAAAUUUAGAUAUUUGUUUAAUCCAUUAUUAUCAAAUGAAAGUUUAAAACCUGGUUGGAUAAUCAAUACCCCUAAAAAACAUACAUAUCAAUAUCCAAUUCAUAUAAUUUCGUUUGAUAGGUAUGAUUUCCAAACUUUGAAAGAAUUGGGAAAGAAACAUGGUGUUAAAUUUACAAGCUUUUGGUCGUAUUUAAAUUUAUUAUCAUUUUCUAAGAUGGAAGAUGAAAAUAUUACAUUAAUGAUCCCAUAUAAUGUUCGUCCUUUAUUAUCCGAUAUUUAUGAAAGAGCUUAUGGAUUGAUAGUUUCAAGUAUUCAGCACAUUUUCAAACCACCAAAUCCAUCAACAGCUAAUAUUGAAUGGGAAUAUUGUAAAAAUUUGGAAAAGACUUUAAGUGAAAAAAAUUUGAUUUAUUCGGCUGGACAAGUUGGUUUAUUAGAUUAUUAUGAUCCAUUAGAUCUUGUUAAAAGAAAUAUAAAUAAACCAAGGAGUGCAACAUUAGAGAUUUCAAAUUUAGGACUAAGAAAGUGGGUUGGAAUGGAUGAUCUUCAUGCAAAAGAAUAUAUAUUUUCUCAAGCAAAUAGUUUGACUGGUGCUUUAAUAACUCAAUCUAUAGCAUCCACGAAUGAAAAAGUCAAUAUAGUUAUUGGUUGUGCACCAGAAUUUGAAGUUUAUUUCACUGAAUAUAUUGAUAAUUUGGAAUAUUUGGUUAAAGAUGUGCUUAAUGGUAAUUUAGAAUGA